UUCCCGAGUAGAUCCCGCAAUGAGUCAUCUCACAGAAAUGAACAUCGCUCUACUUUCCUAUUUUCUAUGAGGCGGGGAUAUCGGCUACCUGUUUCGUGAAGAUACACUCGCCAAGACGGAUUGAGGCGCAGAACUUUAAAUGUCAGCAGACUGAUGGUGAGGUGUUUGUGAGGAGGCGAGGUGUAGAGGCACUCUAGCAAGUAGCUGCCGUGUAUGUUGAGGCUGUGAACUGCCGACUGCCCACACUCACCUGCUGCCUUGACGCUUCAGUGCUGCAUGGGCAGUAAGAGCGUGGUAGCUGGACCAUGGAUGGCGAGGAUACAGCCAAAAGGAAGGGGUUACGGUUAAACUUUGAUAUUGGAAAUGGAAACCAGAAACCAGCUUUUUGCAGUACUGUUCAUCGGCCACCGUUUGGUGGCAUCAAUGCCAAUGAAGGAGGAACUCCCCCUUGUAACAUUGAACUGGGGCCUACAAAUGAGAAGUCUCCAACACUUGCCAGCAUGGGCCACAGAACACAGAUAGAGAGGCUUCGCUCACAAAGUUUAGAAUACGGAAAGCUUCAGAUAUCACCAGAUUCAACGUAUGAUUUUACUGCUGAUGAUUUAGAAGAUUUAGGUGAAAUAGGCAGAGGGGCGUAUGGAACGGUCAACAAAAUGAAGCAUACAGCCAGUGGCACAAUUAUGGCUGUGAAGAGGAUCCGCUCCACAGUGGAUGAGCGAGAACAGAGGCAGCUGCUAAUGGACUUGGAUGUAGUCAUGAGGAGCAAUGAUUGCCCAUUCAUUGUUCAAUUCUACGGUGCUCUCUUCAAAGAAGGGGAUUGCUGGAUAUGCAUGGAGCUGAUGGACAUAUCAUUAGACAAAUUUUACAAGUUUAUAUAUUGGAAUCUCCACCAGUCAAUACCAGAAGAAAUCCUAGGAAAAAUUACUGUAGCUACAUUAAAAGCACUAAACUAUUUGAAAGAAAAGUUAAAAAUUAUCCAUAGAGAUGUGAAACCCUCCAAUAUUCUGUUAGACAGAAAAGGCAACAUUAAGCUUUGUGAUUUUGGCAUCAGUGGACAGUUGGUUGAUUCUAUUGCUAAAAGCAGGGAUGCUGGCUGUAGACCAUAUAUGGCUCCAGAGAGGAUUGACCCUCGGGCGUCCAGUCGAGGUUAUGAUGUCCGCUCGGAUGUGUGGAGUUUAGGGAUAACGCUGAUGGAGCUGGCUACAGGCAGGUUCCCCUACCCCAAGUGGAACAGUGUGUUUGACCAGCUGACCCAGGUGGUACAGGGUCAAGCACCUCAGCUCAUGGACUCCCAAUUCUCCUCUCAGUUUGUUACCUUCGUCAACACCUGCCUGACAAAAGACGAAAAACAGAGACCCAAAUACAACAAGUUGUUGGGGUACAGUUUUAUCAAACACCACGAAGAGAAGCAGGUGAAUGUGGCGAGCUAUGUGUGCCAGAUUGUGGAUCAAAUCACUGACCCUAUGCAGCUUGAUCAAGGCAGCUCUUAAGGCCCAUCCAGGACGGACGAAGAAAGGAAGCAGGUCUUCAGGGAUCUUCACACAUAAUUACAUUUGAGAUGCAAAUUUUGUUGGUCUAUUCUAAUUGUUCUCAUGACUGUCGUGUUCAUAUGAUUGUGUACAGUUCAUAUAAUGGCCAUGCCUAGCCUCCAUUAUUCUGUAUAUAAGUACUGUAUAUAUUAACACACACUCUCAUAUAUAUAAUAAAGAUAUAUAUAUGUAUAUGUAAAGAUGUAUGUAUAAACUAUGAUCCAGUUGAUGUUUGGAAAUGUGUAUAAUAUAUGUGAGAAAGUGUAAAUGUUACCACAUCUGUGUUAAUGUAUUUGUAUAGAGGCUGGCUGAGAGGAGAGCUGUAAGGGAGUACACAUUUUCUAUUUUAUGAUUUUAAGCUGUAGCUGAUUUUUUUAAUUUUUUGUUUUUAGACAAAAGAUUUGGUUAAAAUGUCUCUGGUUUGUCACAGAUCAGGAGUUGUAGGAGUGUUUUAAUAUACCAUCUGGCAUUGAGUGUAGACCAGUUUUGUGGCAGACUUCCUCGUCACUGUCACUGAUGCAGCCAGCAUACAAAACAAAGCGAGCCCCUGUCUGUCUGAAAAUAGGUGUAGAGAGAUGUUUUUUCUUUGCUGCAGAGUGUCAGUUUAGAAAAUGAAACUUAGUUGUAUAGGGUAACUACAGGAACAACUGUUUGAAGACCAGACUGUGGUAGAGGUAGAAGUUGCUCAUUGACCCUGAUGCAUGUAUUACUGGACGUACCGUAAUUCUUCAGCCUUUUCGCAUGUUUGCAAGGUAGGUGUUAUUUAAGCAUAUUCUGAAAGCAUUAUUCUGUGUAGACAGAUGAAAUUAUAUUUUUUGUGAGGCCCUGAAAUUGGCCCAUCCAACCAAUGCUGUUUUGUCUCAGAAAUCAAAUCAAAAAUGUGCAUAAAUUGGACUGAAAGUUUCUCUUUUUAUGCAAAAAGUUUGAGGAAUUUAGAAUAUGGCUUGAUGGCUAGCCCUGUGUAGUAGAGGUACAAGUUGUGGGCUGGCUCUGUGUAUAGUGGAGAUACAAGUUGUUGGCUGACCAUGCUAUGUAUGGAUGUAUCGCUAGUUGACGGACCAGACUUUGUAGUGGUUGUAGGACAUGUUUGCUGACAAUUCUGUGUAUUGGUGGUGUGAACUUCCAUCUGUGAGGGCCUGUCUAUUACAUGUUCAAAUGUUCUCUUAAGGCCAGCCAUUGUAAGGGUGAAACUGUUAAACAAAUACUGCAUUUGAUGAGUUGAAAACUGAACAAUGAGGAGAGAGUGAGAUAAGUAAAUGCAGUGAAAGCAACUGAAGGUCUACUUCAGAGACUUUGAAUAUAGUUUUAUUCACUUUCGUGGAUGGUACAGUGUUGUUUACGUCUGUGAAUAAUAUAGUACGAUUCACCUCCUUGAAUGAUACUGUGUGGUUCACCUCUCUGGAUGAUACUAUAUGAUUCAUCUGAUGGGAUGAUGCUGCAUGCUUCGCCUGACUGAAUGAAACUGUGGGACUCUCCUUUUUAAUGAUACUGUAGGAUUCACCUUACUGGAUGAUACUGUAUGAUUUACAUCAUGAUUGACCUUUUAGGAUGAUACUGCAUGGUUCACCUCACUGGUUGAUACUGUAUGAUUCAUCUCCCUGGGUAAUAAUGUAUGAUUCACCUCACUGGAUGAUACAGUAUGAUUUACGUCAUGACUCACCUGACUUAUGAGUCAUGAUACAGUAUGAGUGACCUCCCUGGAUGAUACUGUAUGGUUCACCUCCUUGAAUAAUACUGUAUCAUUCACCUCCCUGAAUUAUACUAUAUGGUUUACUUCAUGAGAUGAUACUGCAUGAUUCACCUCUCUGGAUGAUACUGUAUAAUUCACCUCUCUGGAUGAUACUGUAUAAUUCACCUCACGUGAUGAUACUUUAUGCUUCAAUUGACUGAAUGAUACUGUAGGAUUCACCUCACUCACUGGAUGAUACUGUAUGAUUUGCAUCAUGAUUCACCUCAAAGGAUGAUACUGUAUGGUUCAUCUCUCUGGAUGAUACUGUAUGAUUCACCUCUUGAGAUGAUAUUGAGCGAUUAACCCAACUGGAUGAUACAGUAUGAUUUACGUGACUGGAUGAUACUGUAUGAUUGGCCUUCCUUGAUGAGACUGCAUUGACCACUUCCUAGGACAAGCAGUGAUACUCUUGUAAGUACAUGCACAACAUCUGCCACUGGACUCGGUGGAUAUUUAUUUUAGCCUUGAAACUACACUGGAUCAAAGCCAUGCAUGUUUUUGUCUUAUUAGAUGAGCCAAGGGGUCUCUGUCAUUUUUACAAGUUUUCCAUGAAUGAGCUGGACUUCAGAAGACUACAAUCUGUUACACAGAAAUAUGUACAUCAGUAUUUUUAUGCCAAAAUCGUAAUGUUUUGUAGAGCAGAAAGAUGUAGUGGAGAAUCUUGUGACAAAACGGAUUAUUCUGACUAUAAUAAAGAUACGCACCUUUAAUCAGUGGUGGUGUUGUGUGUAUGAACUAUAUGUCAUCCACUGUCCUCCUGAGAGUGGCAUGUUGUAUGCACAUUUGACCAUAACACGUC